GGGCGACCGGGAGGGGUUCUCGGGAAGCAGUCAUGACCACCGUCCAAGCCAGGAAGGAUCCCCUCAAGGGUGUGCCUCCCACCCCUAGCAAGAUUCCGGUACUCUCUCAGAGACGCCCGCCUUUCCCCAUGGUCAAACCGUGUGCUGUGGACCAGGAGAACCAAGAUCCAAAGAAAUGGGUGCAGAAGCCAAACUGCAGUAUUCAACGCCCUCUGGUUGACUCAGCAGGCCCCAGGCCAAAAGCCACACAUCAAACAGACACAUCACAGAGAUUGGUGGAGAUCACUCAGCUCCGGACCCCCUUGGAAGAGCUCAGGCCUAACCCUGGGGAUCAAAAUGUGGGGCCUGGGCCCCCUCGCCAGAAAGAGGCUCUAGGGGCCAUAGAGUUUGUGGCUGACCCAGCAGCCCUGGCCACUAUCCUGUCAGGUGAGGGAGUGAAGAGCUGUCAACUGGGGUGCCGUCCCAGUCUGGCUCAGAGAGUACUGGUUCGAGGGAGUCAGGGAGGCACCAUCCGAAGGGGCCAGAGUGCUCGGUCCUCUGCAUAUUUGGCUCCCAGAACCCCUACCCACCAACUGGACCCUACCAGGGCUUCCUGCUUUUCAAGGCUGGAGGGAUCAGGACCUCGAGGCCGGACUUUGUUCCCCCAGAGGCUAGAGACUCUGAUUUCACCGUCAGGAUCUUCCUUUUACCCUUCCACUGGCCCCUGUUUCCAGGAGCUAAGAAGAGAGACAGGUGGCAGCAGCCGGACUUCAGUGAGCGAGGCCUCAGGAUUGCUUCUGGAGACCCCUGUCCAGCCUGCUUCCUCUCUCCCUAAAGGAGAACAUGAGGUUGUCAUUCACUCAGAUGAAGGAAGAGUGGCCUCCCUUGGUCUGGCCCAGCGGGUACCACUAAGAGAAUCCCAAAAGAUAACACAUACCAGGGACAGCUGUGACUCCCACCUCAUGCCUUCCCCUUCCCCUGUGGCCCAGCCCAUGCCUAGUCAUAAAGUGCCACCUUGUGUUACCCGUCCAUCACCCUUUGGACGGGCUCAGCGUGUACCCUCCCCUGGCUUCUCAGCUCUGAACUCAUAUUCAGUGUUGCGGCGUCUAGCAGUUCGACCCAAAAUCCGGUUCACACCCAUGCCAUCAGUCCCCAGAGUUCAGCAGACCCGAUGCUUGAGUGGCUUCUCCCCUCAGUACUGUCCUGAAGAGCCUGCUCUGCCCUGGGAGGAGAUUGCAGUACGGUUAUUUGACCAGGAGAGUUGUGUAAAGUCACUGGAGGGAUCUGGGAAGCUAUCUGCAGCCACCCCUUCUGGGCCCUAUGCCAGUGGAACCCCCAGCCUCCCAGAGCUAAAGAUGCAGCGCAUUAGUAUCCUGCAGCAGCUGUUGAGACAAGAGGUGGAAGGGCUGGCAGGGGGCCAGGGGGCCCCCCUUAAUGGAGGCUCCCCUCUGGAUAUGGUUGAACUUCAGCCCUUGCUGACUGAGAUUUCUGAAACUCUGAAAGAUCCUGAGCAUAAUGCUGGAACUUCCCAUGUUCCUGGAUUGUUAGAGCACUCUGGGCAGCAGACAAAGCCUUGCCUUCCAGAACAGUGUGAAGAACCACAAGCCUGCCUUUCAGCAGAGCCAGGAACCCCAGAGUCCUACUAUAGAAGUGAGCCUGAGAUUCCAGAGCCGUCCCCCCAGGAACAGCUUGAAGUAUCAGAGCCCUGCCCUCUAGUGGAGUCCAGAUCCCUUCAGCCCAGUCCUCAGGGACCGACUGGGUCCUCAGAGCCCUGCCCUGGGGUAGAGCCCAGGACAUCAGAGUCCUGUUCCCUGGAACCUCGAAAUCCAGAGUCCAGCCCACCGCCCUGCUGCAGUCAGUGGGCUCCGGCGACCACCAGCCUGAUCUUCUCCCAACACCCACUCUGUGCCAGCCCCCCUAUCCACUCAAUCCAGUCUCUGAGGCUUCCAGCAGGCCAGGCAGGCCCCAGCAGUCUGGCCCCUCGAACCCUGGCCCUGAGGCAGCGCCUCAAAGCAUGUCUAACCGCCAUCCACUGCUUCCACGAGGCUCGCCUAGAUGAUGAGUGCGCCUUUUACACCAGCCGAGCCCCUCCCUUGGGACCCACCCGGGUUUGUACAAACCCUGUGGCCACAUUACUUGAAUGGCAGGAUGCUCUGUGUUUUGCUCCAAUUGGUUCUGCUGCCCUUCAGCCUCAGGGCUCUCCAUCAUGA